UUGCGUAUUUGUUGUGUAUUUGUUGUGUAUUUGUUGUUGUUUCUGCUUAACAAACUCUGUUAGGAAUAGUUUUCAGCCAGUUUGUUCUGUUUUUGCAUUGCGUGUUUACUUAUUGCCAUUUUCUUCCUUGCUGAUUCGUAUUAACUGUUAUUCAGUGGGUUUUUUUACUCGAAUUCAUGAGCAUUUGCUUGUGUGGUUGUGUGUGUAGGAACUGCUGUUGCUGAUUUGCCAGUAUAUAUCGUUUCACCGUCAUCGUCACUGUCAUUCCCAGCACAGCUGAGCAAGAUGAAAACAGUUGUCGUUGAGUUGUUCUUGAGUGUGGUUGUGUAAAAUCAGUUAAGCUUAAUAUUUGCAAAUAAGUUGGAAAUCUGAAAAUUCAGCUCUGGAAAAAUAGUGCAGACAAUUUGGUUUUGGCUUCGGUUUGAUUUUGUUGUCCGGCAGGAGUUUGUAUGUAUACACAGUGGUGCUGGCACUGGUACUGGCAUACUCAGACGCCGUCGUCGCGCACAGCCUAAUUGGAAUCGAAUCAACGUUGCGGGAGGUGCUAUACACCGGUGCGGGAACACAAUCGGUUUUGGUAGUAGUGCUAAUGCAGUCAGCAAAAACAGACUGAAAAAGUAAACCUUAUCAGAGUGAAGAGAUAAAAAUACAAAUUAUAUUAUUGAAAAAACAACAAACGCCGCACCAAACCAUACCAGCAACGGGCAGAAAACAGACAGAAAAAUAAUAAUAAAUCAGCAGCAAAGCAACUGUAUUGUCAGUCUGAAAGAAUUCGAAAAUAUCAGAAGUACUACGGAGCUAUAGUCACAAGCCAACGGCGACGAGGCGCAGUCAGUCGUUUGUGUUGCAUGCAAAGUGAAGUGAGCGAUAUUGCGGAGUCUACAGAAACUAAUCCAGCAAGAGUUUUGAUAAAAAAAAAAGUGUAAUAAGUUUUUGUACACGAAUCUUAAUCGAAUACUCAUAGAGAAAUAUAUAUAUAUAUAUAAUAAUUAAUAAACAGCAAUCUAUAACAACCAGCUUACAUAUAAACACGCCACUAUAAAACAAUUCAACGGUUUAUAAUACGAUAUAUAAAGGAAAAAGCCAAAACGAAAAAAUGGUGAAAACAUUUCAAGCCUAUUUACCGUCCACCAAUCGGACUUAUUCAUGUGUUCACUGUCGAGCUCAUCUCGCAUCUCACGAAGAACUUAUCUCGAAGUCAUUUCAAGGCAGUCAAGGACCUGCGUAUCUCUUUAAUUCCGUCGUCAAUGUAGCCUGCGGUCAGACGGUAGAACGCGUACUGCUAACUGGUCUGCAUGCUGUGGCCGAUAUCUAUUGUGAAUGCUGCAAAACACCGUUAGGCUGGAAGUAUGAGCACGCCUACGAGUCCAGUCAGAAGUAUAAAGAGGGCAAAUAUAUCAUAGAAUUGGCUCAUAUGAUUAAGGAGAAUGGUUGGGAUUGAGCGUCAGUGCAUAUAUAGGCUUAAAUAAUAAAAAAAUUUAUUAUAUAUAUAUAUAUAUCAAAACAAAUCAACCACAACAACAUUUAACACAAAAACUCAAAAUUCUACUCAUGAGGUAUGUAGCAGAAGAGGAGUGUGUGUGCGCGAUGACGAAUAAUGAAUUGGAGCGUUUCGAGGUUGUACGUUUGAAGCUUCGUAUCGUUGACGUAGUAACGUUAAGUUUCG